AUGCAGCCACAUUAGUAAAGACAGUAAUCGACCAGUGAAUCGAGGAAACCUCCCUUUAGGCUAAAGCAUAAGUCACCAUUGAACAUACCAGUCGCUUCGCUCAGUCAACUUGGGUAUCUAGAUGAAGAAUCUUAGUAUCAAGUUUAAUCCCCAAUAUACAACAAUGAAUUGAGUGAACUCAAUAAAGGUUCUCCUUUGGCUAACAGAUAAACAAAUCUAAAUGUAAUAAAUGAAAAUUCUGUGAGGAUAAAUAUCCUGCCUAAAAAGGAAGAAAGCUAGACUAUUCAAAAUAGUCUUUAGCAAUAAUCAGACUACGGACAAUUAAACAUUAAGAUGCCCUAUAAGAAGCAAGAAACUAUAUAGCAACUGAAUAUGAUGCAUAGAAAUCUAAUCGACUCUAUCAUGUCCAGAACAGGUAAAAAGCGUAAUUCAACCUAGAUGGAAUUAGCAACUUCCAACUAGCUGACUUCGAGAAGAGAGAGCAUUAAUAAAACAGAUAGAAAUAAUCAGCAGUCCUCUUCAAUAUUCAUUGACUAGAAAGCACUUAUGACUCAAUGA